AUGAAUGAACAACGUGAGAUCGUAAAAGCAAGCUGGCUACAGCAUAUAGUACAUAAAAGAGGUGGUACUUUACAUCGCAAAAAGAAAAUUCUAUAUGAAGAAGGGAAAUGGGUCGUAUUAUGCGUUCACAAUGGUCGCAUACCACUUCUGGAAUGGUACUUUUCAGAAGAGUAUGUGCAUGGACACAGGCCUUCGAAAGUAAUCGAUUUGUUGGAUUCGUCUUUUGUAAGGGUCAUUAUGAGUGAUCCAUCCAGACGCAGUUUCAUGAUUGGUUUCAUGGACCGUUCACGUGAUGCCAUUGAGCUUUCUGCUUUAACAAUAGAAGAUUGUGAUGACUGGAUUCGGUCAACAACUUCCGCUCUCGUACGAUUAAAAUGUUUGGUGGAAUCUGCAAAUUUCUAUAUUUCAGCACCUGAUUUUACAUCCGAGCCAUCUAGAACUACUGAACAAUUUAUUUAUGAAGAUGCAAGUCUUGAUGAGGUGCCCGAAGGACUGGCGCCGUCACUACCAGUUUCUACUCCAAGGAACUCUGAAUACGAGCGCAGUAGAUUUCCAUCAUUGCCAAUGCAGUUAUCUGGGAAACCAUUUCUUCCUCGUACACUGAGCAUUGAAGAGAAAAAAGUGAAGAAUCAUGGUGUGGUGAAAAACCCACCUCCCCUUCCGCCUCGUAAUAUUUCAUCCUCACAAGCUCUUGCUCCCAAAAUUGGUACAAAACGGUGUUCAAUAUAUGAUCAUCCAAAGAAUCAUGCAUCCACAUCGUUUGGGGAUUUAUCGACUGUGGAAGGACUGCCAGGAGACAUUUCAACAAAUCCGGAAAAUUCUGUAUAUAGUACUUUGGAGGGAGCGACAUCGUUAGAUACUGAAAUAGUAGCACCAGUAAGCUUGUGUUCCGAAUCGAUGAAGCGUGGUUAUUCUGUCCCAGCUGGAACCUUGAAUGUCAGUAUAGCUCACUCACGUCGUAUUACUGGAAAUGAUUCAUUUUCACUGGAUUAUGAGGCAUCUUCUGGAAUGAUUAAUCGGAUUUCGCCAGUUUUAAACAUUGCAUUGCAAAAAACCCAUUCAGCUAGUGAAAGAAACAGUAAUCGAAUGUUAGCUGAGAAUCAUAACCAUUCACAAAUCGAUAAUAGUGGUAUUUCAAAUGGUUUGAAAAAUUUAACAGUGCAACCUUUUAUAUGCGUGCAGCACAUUGCUUACGUGGAUUUCGGUGGGAAAGUAUGGGUAGCAGGUUGGACUUCAAUAGCUGAGAAGUAUCUCGCCGGCCAAUUGUUUGUUGGUGACCAACUUGUACGAAUUGCUGAUGUUGAUAUAUAUAAUACGCAACAAAUUCCAUUCAUUUUCAGUACUACAAAAACGGGGUUAUCGGUAAAUAUUGCCAUCCAGCGAGUGCCUCAUGGGACAAUUUAUAUACUGCAGAAAACGAAGCAAAAAUUUGAUACGGGCUUAAUUUUGGAUAAACAUAGAAUCAAACUGGCUGACGUGCUUGAAGGAUCACCAGCAUGGAAAGCUGGUAUUCGGGCCUCAGUUCCGGCAGUUACACGAACAGGCACUACUCCUGCUUGCAUCACUUGUGUGGACAAGCAUGCUUUGAAUAUAUUUUCAGAAGAUGAUGAAGUUUUCAAGCAAAUCGACACUUUACCUUUGUCUGUUUUCACUGUCAUGGUACAACCGUAUGAUUUUGUCAAACUUAUGAAAAGAAGCUUAAAGAAAUUGAAAAAUGUCAAUGAUUUUGUUCAUUGA